GUGGACUGGGAGGGACCCGGAUGUCUCCCUCAUUUGUGUCCACUGACCCAGAUGUGGCCUGGGGAACCCGGAUGUCACUUAUCUCCAGGUCCACUGAAGGGCCAGGACCCGGAUGUGGACUGGGGGACCCGGAUGUCACCCUCCUCCGUGUCCACUCUCCCGGAUGUGGCGUCAGGGACCCAGAUGUCACUUAUCUCCAGGUCCACUGAGGGGCCAGGACCCGGAUGUGGACUGGGGGACCCGGAUGUCACCUAUCUCCAGGUCCACUGAGGGGCCAGGACCCGGAUGUUGCAUGGGGAACCCGGAUGUUAUGUAAGUCCGCGUCCAUUAACCUGGAUGUGGACUGUGGCAGGGACCCAGAUAUGUGCUGGGCAGGACCCGGAUAUCACAUCCACAGGCCUGGCUGUGGCGUGUGGAGUCCCGGAUGUCAUGCUCCUCUCCUUCCACUGACAGGGUCUAGGACCCAGAUGUGGUGUGGGGAUCCCGGAUGUCAGGUCCCUCCACAUCCACUGAGGGUCCAGGACCAAGAUGUGGAAUGGGAACUACCCAGAUGUUAGGGACCUCCAGGUCCAUGAACCUGGAUGUGGGGUGAGUACCCAGAUGUUAGGGACCUCCAGGUCCAUGAACCUGGAUGUGGGGUGAGUACCCAGAUGUUAGGGACCUCCAGGUCCGUGAACCCGUAUGUGGGGUCGGUACCCAGAUGUUAGGGAUCUCCAGGUACGGGAACCCAGAUGUGGAGGCGAGUACCAGGAUGUUACUUAACUCCAGGUCCACUGGCAGGCGCCAGGACCCGGAUGUGAGGGGUUUGGACCCGGAUGUGAGGGUUGGGACCCAGAUGUGAGGGGUUGAGACCCAGAUGUGAGAGGUGGAACCCAGAUGUGGGCGGAGCGGGCACUCCACACCUUGGCCCCGGGCUCCAGCUGCGCUUUGGCCGUUGGGGUCCUUUCCCAGACUCGGAGGCAAUAAAGCAGCCAUGCUGCUUCUGGAUGGAAUUCUUCCUCACUUCCGCCCCCCAGCGCAGGCCAAGCCCUCCUGAGUCCCUCACUUCCUCCCCAGCCCAGGCCACACCCUCCUGAGCUCUGGCACGCCCUACUGAGCACAGGCCACGCCCCCUGGGCACAGGCCACGCUCCCUGACGGUCCUGACUCUUAUUGCAGCCCUCCAUGUAGUUCUCGAGGUUUCCCUCCUCCCCUUCCUCCUGCCUCUGCCAGGCCUGGCAAUUUCUUGGCGCCCAGCCCAGAAACUCCAGGCUUUUCCCUUUCUUCCCUGCCUUCCCCUUCAGCACCACAUCCUGUUCCUUUCCAAGGAACAAGGGGACUUUUAUUUUGGAGGGGGGUUGUGGAGUUCUGGCUGCUGGAGUGACGUGGACAUUUGACCCCUGCGAGCUUCCUGGCUGGCAGGGAGAGCAGCAGGCCCAGGCGCUGAUGGCAGAGAACUGUGGAUCACCCCGCACCUGGACGGCCUGGCCCGGGACGGCGUGCGGCUGACCCAGCACCUGGCGGCAGCGUCCGUCUGCAGCCCGAGCCGUGCGGCCUUCCUGACGGGACGCUACCCUGUGCGCCUGGUUACUAAGAUCCAACAUCCGGGGAUCUGAGCACCAACAUCCGGGGCACUGAACUCUAACAUCUGGGGACCUUAUCUCUAACAUCCAUUGUACUAAGAUCCAACAUCCGGGGAUCUGAGGCCUAACAUUCUGGGAACUGAACUCCAACAUCCGAGGACCUGACAUCCACCAUCCGGGGGCACUGAACUCCAUCAUCCGGGGAUCUGAGGGCCAACAUCCGGGAUACUAACAUCAAACAUCCGGGGACCUGAGGUCCAACAUCCAGGGAACUGAGGCUCAACAUCUAGGGCACUGAGGCAUGGUGACCACCAACGGGGCGCGCGUGCUGCAGUGGGCAGCCGUGUCGGGCGGGCUGCCCACCUCCGAGAUCACCUUCGCCAAGAUCCUGCAGGAGCAGGGAUAUGCCACCGGCCUCAUAGGCAAAUGGCACCUGGGCCUCAACUGUGAGUCCCCCACUGACCACUGCCACCACCCCCUGAACCACGGGUUUGACUCCUUCUUCGGGGUCCCCUUCACCCUGAUGGGGGACUGCCUGCAAGCGGAGCCCUCGGAGAAGCGAGCGCGUCUGCAAGGGCCCCUGGACCUGGGGGCUCAGCUGCUGCUGCUUUCCCUGCUCUGCCUGGCCACUGGGAAGGUCACGGGCCUGCUGGGCCUGCGCUGGGUGCCCUGGGUGCUGGGCCCCGGAUGUGGGGCCUUGCUCCUGGCCUGCACCUCCCGCCUCCUGGGUAUCUUCAUCGUCCAUGCUGACUGCUUCCUGAUGAGGGAUCACCAGGUCGUCCAGCAGCCUCUGAGGUUUGAGGCCAGCGCGGGGCUCUUCUUGCGGGAGGCUGAGGCCUUCAUCCACAGGCACCAGGCCCGCCCCUUCCUCCUCCUCGUCUCCUUCCUCCACGUCCACGUCCCGCUGGUCACCUCACCUGCCUUCCGGGGCCGCAGCGCGCACGGCGCCUACGGCGACAACGUGGAGGAGCUUGACUGGAUGGUGGGGCGACUGCUGGCAGCGCUGGACGGUGCGGGGCUGGGGCGCCGCACCCUCGUCUACUUCACGUCGGACCACGGUGCCUCACUGGAGGCCCGGGCUGGGGGCGCCCGCCUCGGGGGUUCCAACGGCGUGCACCGAGGUGGCAAAGGCAUGGGCGGCUGGGAGGGCGGCAUCCGGGUCCCUGGGCUGGUGCGCUGGCCCAGGACACUGCCCGCAGGGCGCCUGGUGCCUGAGCCCACCAGCCUCAUGGACCUGUUCCCCACCGUGGUGCGCCUGGCCGGGGGCUGGGUUCCGGCGGACAGGGAGGUGGACGGCCGGGACCUGAUGCCCGCGCUGCUGGGGACGGCGCAGGCCGCAGGCCACGACUUCCUGCUGCACUACUGCGAGGCCCGGCUGCACGCCGUGCGCUGGUUCGACCGCCCAAGCCACACGGUGUGGAAGCUGCACUUCGCCACUCCACGCUUCGACCCGCCGGGCUCGGGCACCUGCCUCGGUUUCCCUGCCUGCGCCUGCUCGGGGCGGCGAAUGACCCGCCACCGGCGGCCACUGCUCUUUGACCUGACGGCGGACCCAGGGGAGACUCGCCCGCUGCAGGGCCCGAUGGCGACGCGCAGGCGCGUGGAGGCCGCGGUGGCCCGGAUGCUGCGCAUGCGCCGCCCCCUCGCGGCCCCGCCCCUCGCCCCUGCACACAACACCUGGAGCCCGCGCCUGCAGCCCUGCUGCUCGCCCGGACCGCUCUGUGCCUGCGACCACCUGAUCCCCGACCUCUGACCCCGACCCGACCCCCAACCACCAACUUCCCUGGGGCUAUGGCAGAUCCUGGCCUGCGCCUCUCACAUCCGGGGACUCACAUCCGGGUAUUAAACAUCUGGGUAUACUCAAAUACAGAAAUUCCCACAUCCGGGGAUUCCCACAUACAGACUCUCACAUCCAGGGAUUCCUACAUCCGGGGAUUCCUACAUCCGGGGAUUCUCACAUCCGGGGAUUCUCACUUCUGGUGACACAUCCGGGGAUUCCCGGGGAUGUAUUUACACAUCUGGGGAAUCCUACAUCCGGGGACUUUUACACCCGGGGAUUCUCACAACCAGAGACUCUCACAUCCGGGGACUUUUACAUCCGAGGAUUCUCACAUCCAGAGACUCUCACAUCUGGGGAUUCCUACAUACAGACUCUCACAUCCAGAGAUUCUCACAUCCGGGGAGUCUCACAUCCGGAAAUUCUCACAUCCAGAGAUUCUCCCAUCCAGAGAUUCCCACAUCCAGGGAUUCUCAUAUCCGGGGAUUCCCACAUCCGGGGAUUCUCAGACCAGGGAAUUCCCACAUCUGGGGAAAUCUCACACCCGGGGAUUCCCACAUCUGGGGAUUCUCGCAUCCAGGGAUUCUCACAUCUGGGGAUUCCCACAGCCGGGGAUUCUCACAUCCGGGGAUUCCCACAUCUAGAGAUUCCUACAUCCGGGGAUUGUCACAUCCAGGGACUUUUACAUCCAGAGACUUUCACAUGCGGGGAUUCUCACAUCUGGGGAACUCUUACAUCCGGGGAUUUUCACAUUCAGAGAGUCUCACAUCUGGGGAUUCUCAGACCCAGGGAUUCCCACAUCCGGGGACUCUCACAUCCUGAGCCUCUCAUCCUGGACCUCCACCUUGGUCCUCCCAUCCGGGGCCUUUUCCCAGCCUCCCAUCUGGGGCCCUCUCACAUCCGGGCCUAUGUCCUCUAACUUCUCACACAAUAAAACCUCAUGAGCACCGCAC